AUGCCCUACAAAGAUAUUAACAAAAGACGCGAGGCUAUACGCAAGAGUGUGGCGAAAUUACGAGCCAAAAGAAAAGGCAUUACACAUGACAAUAAUGUAAACCCACAAAAAGGAUUUACUAAAAAAAAUGAAAGAAUGUUGUUUCAGAAUGAAAUAAAAGAAUGGAGCCAAAACAUCACCGAAAUCAUUAAUAACCUCCGCACAACCGGAAAGGAAAAAAAUGAAACGAACGAGCCAAAACCAGCCCCCGCAAGAAAAUCAUCCGGAGAGAAAACCCCCCAAGAAAAAAAAGAGAAAAAGCAACUUGACAGCCCUGGAAAAAUUAAAGUUGAUACUGCCGAAUUAGAAAAACAAACCGGAAUUAAAAAAGACUGGAAAAGUCCGGAAUGA